AUGGGCGAGGCAGCGGCGGCGGCGGCGUCGGGAAUCAAAUUAGUCUGGACUGGACGUGUGGUGGUGGGGGCCGGGCUGGGCAAAACGGCGGCUGGAUUCGCGGAUGAAAGCCAUGGAUGGAGAUCGGACACAGUGCAAGUGGCAGUGAUUGGCGGUGGGUUUCAUGAUCUGGAUGAUCAUCCUGACAAGCAGAACAUACACAUUUAUUCAGAAGGGGAUUUUGAUCAGGUCAGCGAUCAGGUGAGCGGGCCUAGUGGCCAGGCACCCACAAAUCUCCCUCAAUCUUUGUUUUCUCCUUCAUCGCAACAUCCAUCAGAGACAUCGAAGACGACGGCACAUUGCACUUUCCCAAUGGACUAA